UGUGGUCUACUUCUUCUAUAUGCUGUAAAUUGUCUAUGGUGUUAAACAUGAAAAUAUUUUUUUCGAGUGAAUUAAUUAAAACAAAGAUUUAGAAGCAAUAUUCUGUAAAAAACGAAGUAAAUAUUCACAGUUACGAUUCAUUUGACUAUUUUCAAUAUCAAAAUAACUUUCAUUUCCUUUGUGAACAUAUAAAAUCGGAACGAACUACAUAAAAAGCAAGAUGAAAUAAAUUACGUAUACUAUUAGUAGGUUUUGCCUGUAAAAUUCAAGGUAUUUACCGUCGUUUAUUCUUAUUUUCGUAAAUAAAGAGUUAGUGAAAAAUGCUAAGAAUUCGUCAUACCAUGAAGUGAAACGUGAAUGAAAUAAAACAUACUAGUCUGGGAUAUUUUGAACACUUGGAUUGACAAUGUUCUUCGAUAAUUUGUACAAAAACAGGCAUAUUAUGCAGGAAUUUGAAGACAUAGAGGUGCAUAAGACUAGUGUUUCGGUAUUUGUGGCUCUCUUUUAUCUAGAAAUGCUGUACGUUUUGCUCAUGACCCUGUCUAUUCUGAACAGACUGAAUCAGUUAACUUCUUGAAUUAGUUAAUAAAUAGUAAACAAAAAUGAGUGCAAAUGAUGCCAAUAGUGUGGUUCAAUGUUAUGGAUCGGAACCACUGUACCUGCUUGCAGAAGAGAAUAACAAGGUCUAUGUGGAUAACUUCCUGCUGGAGCAGCAUCAGAUUGACGGGCUUAGGUUUCUUUUCAAUCAAUUUAACAAGAAAUCCCCAGGGGUGAUAGUAAACUUUCCGCCCUCGUGCGGCAAAUCGGCCACGGUUGCGAUAUUCCUGAACGCCGUCACCAAUGUGUUGAAGAAUCCCGUCUUGAUUCUUUGUAAAGAUGACAGUGCAUUGCAGUAUUGGAAGGAGAUACUACUAAAAUGGUCUUCAUAUGUUGAGGAUCAUAUAGCAGUGGAAGCCUCGAACCCUUUUAUUAAAGGCAAGAAGGUAUUUCUCAAGAAACGUGAAAACCUGUACUCCUACCUGCGCCGGCGAUGGAGUAUUAUCAUUAUUAAGGAGAAUAUUGUGAGCAAGGACGUCUUUAAACUUGCCUUCGAGGCAGAUUUCAAGAUGUGUAUCACUGCAACUGAUAUAAAGAAAGACGCGUCACUGCUUACCGCCGUUUAUAAUUGGCUGUAUCCAAAGUCGAAGGUAAAUAUCAAUGAUUUUGUAGCCAAAGAAAACCAUCCUAGAGAAAAAUUUCGAAAAUCUGUACAACUAGACCUAAUACUAGAGGACGUUGCAAUUAGACGAUACCUUAACUUAAAGCCGUUCCACACUGAGAGAGCCGAUAAUGUCACGGAAAUUGAAACCAAUCUGACUGAAGAUGAAACAAAUCACAGAAAAGGGCCUUCAAAAAAUAAAGAUGCCACCGGUACCAAAGUUAAGAGAUCAAAAAUAACAGCUAAAGAUGGUUUGGUUGUAAGUACACCACCAAAUCAAAAUGAUGAGGUAAUAAACAAAUUAUCAGGACAAGCGUUCAUUUUCAUAAAUGAUUUUGACAAAACAUCAGAUCUGAAUGUCAAUUUGAAUUCUAUUUUAAUGAAUGAUCAGUUAACAAACAACACAUCAGAUCAAAACAUAAUUUUAUUAAAUAAUCAAAUAGUAAACGACACAUCACAUGAAAACUUCAUUUUCACAAAUGAUCAGGCAAUAAAUGAAACAUCAAACCAAAACGUCAUUUUCAUUGAUGAACAGGUUUUAAAAAGCAUUUCAAAUCAAAACUUCAUUUUAAUGAAUGAUCAAAUAGUAAAUGAACCUUCUGAUCAAAACGUCAUUUUAAUAGAUGAACAGGUACUAAGUGAAACAUUGAAUCAAACCGCUACUUUAACACACAAUCAAAUAUCAAAUAGAAAUUCUAAUCAAAACACCAUUCUAAAGGAAAAUCAGAUAGUAAACAAACCUGAUCAAAACGACAUUCUAAUAGAUGAACAAGUACAAAGUAAAAUAUUGAAUCAAAACGCUACGUUAACGAACAAUCAUAUAUCAAAUAGAAAUUCUUAUCAAAACAUCAUUUUAAAGGAAGCUCAAAUAGUAAAAGAACCUUCUGAUCAAAACGUCAUUUUGAUAGAUGAACAGGUACCAAGUGAAACGUUGAAUCAAAACGCUACGUUAACGAACAACCAUAUAUCAAAUAGAAAUUCUAAUCAAAACAUCAUUUUAAAGGAUACUCCAAUAGUAAAAGAACCUUCUGAUCAAAACGUCAUUUUGAUAGAUGAACAGGUACCAAGUGAAACGUUGAAUCAAAACGCUACGUUAACGAACAAUCAUAUAUCCAAUAGAAAUUAUAAUCAAAACAUCAUUUUAAAGGAUAUUCCAAUAGUAAAAGAACCUUCUGAUCAAAAUGUCAUUUUGAUAGAUGAACAGGUACCAAGUGAAACGUUGAAUCAAAACGCUACGUUAACGAGCGAUCAUAUAUCAAAUAGAAAUUCUAAUCAAAACAUCAUUUUAAAGGAUACUCCAAUAGUAAAAGAACCUUCUGAUCAAAACGUCAUUUUGAUAGAUGAACAGGUACCAAGUGAAACGUUGAAUCAAAACGCUACGUUAACGAACAAUCAUAUAUCCAAUAGAAAUUAUAAUCAAAACCUCAUUCUAAAGGAUGCUCCAAUAGUAAAAGAACCUUCUGAUCAAAACGUCAUUUUGAUAGACAAACAGGUACUAAGUGAAACAUUGAAUCAAACCCCUACUUUAACGAACCUUAAUAAAUCAAAUAGAAGUUCUAAUCAAAACAUCAUUUCAAAGGAUGAUCAGAUAGGAUACGAACUUUCUGUUCAAAACGACAUUUUAAUAGAUAAACGAGUACUAAGUGAAACGUUGAAUCAAAACGCUACGUUAACGAACAAUCAUACUAUAUCAAAUAGAAAUUCUUAUCAAAACAUAUUUUUAAAGGAAGCUCAAAUAGUAAAAGAAUCUGAUCAAAACGUCAGUUUGAUAGAUGAACAGGUAAUAAGUGAAACAUUGAAUCAAAACCCUACUUUAACGAACCAUCAUAAAUCAAAAAGAAUUUCUAAUCAAACCCCCAUUUUAACUGAUAAACAGUUACUACUAAACUAUUUGUCGAAUAAAAACGUCGUUUCAACGAAUUGUCAUCUUGACGUCGUUGCAAACACGUCAGAUCAAAACGUCAUUUUAAUAGAUGAACGAGUACAAAGUGAAACGUUGAAUCAAAACGCUACGUUAACGAACAAUCAUAUUAUAUCAAGUGGAAAUUCUUAUCAAAACAUAUUUUUAAAGGAAGCUCAAAUAGUAAAAGAAUCUGAUCAAAACGUCAGUUUGAUAGAUGAACAGGUACUAAGUGAAACAUUGAAUCAAAACCCUACUUUAACGAACCAUCAUAAAUCAAAUAUAAUUUCUAAUCACACCCCCAUUUUAACUGAUAAACAGUUACUACUAAACUAUUUGUCGAAUAAAAAGGUCGUUUCAACGAAUGGUCAUAUUAACAUAGUUGCAAACACAUCAGAUAAAAAGGUCAUUUUAAAUGAUCGCAAUAAAAAUGAAUCAAAUGCUCGUAUUCAUAUAAAAGACAACGACGUACGCAAUAAAAUUAGAGUUUAUGCUGGUCCAAUGAUUAAUAAAAAGAAUAAUUUGGACAAAGAUAAUAUGAAAGGUAAUCGUGUUAAACUUAGUAGUCAUAAGUCCCUGAUAAAUAGUGUAAUCAACAAUUCAGAUACAAGUGAUGAUCAAGAUUCUUUCAAAUUAGACGUUGACAACUUCAUUCGCGAUCAGCGACCCUUAGAACUUGUUAGUCGAUAUAAUAAACUAUCUCGUUUAUAUCAUAAAACGGAAUUAAAUAUAAAUACAAUAGAAAAAACAUUAAAAUUAAAAAAGAUUGAUUUUAAUACAUCUUUAAACAUCAAUAAUGUCUCCAAAGUUAAUCGAAAUGAAAUUAAUGAUUUAGACGAUAAAGACCUACUAAAGGAACAAUUAAUAGAUUCUUUACAUUUAGAUAAUUCUCAAAUCAAAGAAGAAAUAAAAGAUUCAGAAGAAACAUUCAUAAAGGAAGAAUCAACUGAGUCAUUAAAUUUUGAAAAUAAUUCCAAACUUGAUUUAAAUGAAAUGAAAAAGGAACAAUUAAUAGAGUCGUUGGAUUUAGAUAAUUCUCAAGUCAAAGAAGAAACAAAAGAUUCAGAUGAAACCUUUAUAAAGGAAGAACCAACUGAGUCAUUAAAUUUUGAAAAUAAUUCCAAACUUGAUUUAAAUGAAAUGAAAGAUCUAAAAAAACAACUGAUCGAGUCCUUAGGUUUUGACAGUGAUUCUAAAGUUAUUCGCAAUGAAAGUAAAAAUACUUCUAAAGUUGAUCUGAAUGAAAUGAAAGAUAUAAGAAAUAAAUGUUUAUUACAGAAACAACUAAUCGCGUCAUUAGGCCUUAACAGCGAUUGUGAAGAAAUAAAAAAAACAAUAAAUGAAAAUAACAACGAACUCAACGAGUGUAUAGAUUUCGACAAAACUUUGAUAAAGGAAGAAUCCACAGAGUCACUAAGCUUAGGUAGUAAUUCUAUAGUUGAUCAAAACGAAAUAAGAAACGAUAUAAAUAUACUGAAGGAAAAACCUGCUGAAUCUUUAAAUCUUUGUACUAAUUCUAAAGUUGAUCAAAAUGAAAUGAAAGAUUUACAUAACAAAACCGUGUUACAGAAACAAUUGAUUGAGUCAUUGGGUCUCGAUGAUGUUAAGCCUGAAAUAAAAGAUGAAGAAAAUGACGAUCAAAAUAACAUUAGUAAAAAUAUACAAAACGCAGUCCAACAAAUUGCUACCGAUCCAGAGGAUGAUGGAAUAAUUAAAAUUAAAAUAGAAUCAGAGGACGGAAAUGAAACGAAUACAGAAAGAAGUGUAAAUAAUGUAAGUAAUAAAAGAAAGUCUGACAAAGAUUUAGAUUGUAAGAUUUUAGAUAUGGAAGAAAAAGCGCUUAAGAAAUUCAAAGGAUCCUUCCUUGAUAGUAUAUUCUAACCGUCUCAUCAAAGUUUGAGUGUAGAUAGAUUUCGAAAAUAAAACUGUAAAUAGUAAGUAGCCUUAGUAUGAGAUUCUACAUCCAUCAACGUUGAUAGAAUUCAGGCACCGAAACACUUUAGCUUCAAAGUAAAAUGGAACAUAACUGCCUUAUUAACCGACUUCAAAAAAGGAGGACAAACAUUCCUAAUUGGGUAUUUUCCUACAUUUGAAUUUGAUAAAUAUUAUUACUUUAUUAUAAACUAGAGGAUGCCCGCGACUUCGUCCGCUAGGAUUUAGGUUUUUAAAGAUCCCGUGAGAACUAUUUGUCUUUUCGGGAUAA